AUGUAUCCACCUCCUCCGCCUAGUAUACCUCGAACAGGUAAAUCAACUUCUGCCUCACAAAUGGUCGCCAUACCAAUAGUACCGGAUUCGCUCAUUUCUGACGUCGUUGCAGAUGAUCUCGAUUGGGUAUUUACCCCUCCCGUGUCAGUCGAAAAUGGAAUGUUCAAAGGAAGAUCCUUAAGGUUCGCACUCGCAGUAGCGCAAGAACCAGUCUUGGGAAGAAGGAAAACGGAGAAAGAUAGAAGACCUUUAGGACCAGCACCGAUAAUCAGAUUUCGGGCUGUGGAAUGUAAAAGACGUAAAAGUUCAGGGGAAGAUUCGGAAGAGGAAGUAGAUCCCAGUACACUGGAACCUAGUCAUCUAAUUUGUGCAGCUGAACUCGCAUCACCCUCGACAACCAAUAACAAACCCGUAAAUUCGUCAAGCAGUCGAGAACCAAUAUCCACCGUUCCAUCAAGGCGGUUCAAUCCAAAGAAGCAAGUUUCGAAUGGACGUCAGAAUAAGAACAGAAGCCAUUUUGUCAAUGGUGAAGAAGAUGGAGAAGAUGGUGACGUGUCUUUACUUGAAGAUGGAGAAAGAUUGGAAAUCAUGAGACCUUCUCCUCCUUUCACAACGACCCCAGAUCCCCCUCCAACUCCCGCUACAUUCCGUGAUAUGAUCUCGAAAGAACGCGAAUCGAAUAUUCGUUCUGUAAGCGGGACUCCACAGGAAGAUGAUCGUAUGGACAUCGAUUCUGGGCAAGAAAGUGAAGAUGUUGAAACCCCCUAUGUGUAUAAACGGAAAGUCGAACCACAAUCAAAUUCACAACAUCAAACGCUUGCACCCAGAACCAAGAGUGGAGGAUCCAACGCAAGUCCCAGCAUAAUAGGCUCAAAAGGUGUGAGGAAUUUAUAUGGUAAUUUACAUGUAGCAGGUGUCAGAGUUCCUGCUCCUGAAGGUGGAAUGGGCACAUGGUUUCUCUUCACUGAUCUCUCAGUAAGACAAGAAGGAACAUACUCAUUGAGAUUUAGAUGUUUCGAUCUCACGGCAAUCGCUCCCGAUCUAGGUGUACCCGCGCCUUGUCUAGUAGAAUGUCAAAGUCAGCCUUUCAGAGUAUAUUCACCUAGACAAGUCCCACCUUUACCUAAACCCACUGAAUUAGCAGAACAUUUCGCCAAGCAAGGGUUCAAGUUGAAUACUCGAAAAAACGAACGCACCGUUUCAUCACCUCCACCACCGAACUCGUCGACGGAAACAAUCAAAGAAUCACAUCGACCGGGAGUCAAACCUGUACAACAUGAUGAUGGCGCUGGAAUCGGGGGAUCAUCAAGUUCAAGUACUGCCACUGCUUACGAUUUAUCAGGUGAGAAUGUCACCACCUCAACUGACACAGGUGGUGGUUCGAACGAACUUUUACCGACGAUCAACAGCAACAAUAGGAAGCCUUCAUAG